AUGGCGGGCAGCACCAUCGCGGCCUUCGUCAUCGCCGUCUUUCCGCUCGAUCUCGGGCGGUUUAAAGGGGGCGAGGAGGGGGGCCGCGUCCGCCCGAGCGACGUCGCCGCGGGCCUAAACAUCUGCCUCGAUCUCGACGGCGCCGUCGCCCUCGAAGUCGAGGGGCCGGGCUCGGUGCUCUUCGCGGGGGAGAAGUCCACCGCCCUUAUCCCGAACUGGAUGAACUUCCCCAUCUGCAUCGGCGGCGACUCCCACCACGACGGCUCCGACCCCGAAAGCGACAACGAGUUCGACGAUAUGUACCGCCUGGUUGAAUAUUAG